UUUAAUUGCAGGUAAUUUAAAAAAGAUAAAAAAGAUAAAAAAAAGAAAAAAAGAGAAAGAUCAUCAUGAUGGACAUGGAAAUGAACGCCGGUUUAGGUGAUGAUGAAAGCGAGAGUAGUCAAUCAUCUUCAGAGGGUAGUUCAGCGAGCAGUACGUUUUGUAACUUAGAAAAUGACUAUGCUAGGAUCAUAAAAGAAAUGAAGACAAAUGAUGCUUUAGCAGCAUUCGAGACCGACUAUAAAAGACUUUUUGAGUCCUUAUAUAAGUCUCAUAAAAAUGAAAAAGAACUCAUGGAGAAAUGCAAUUCAUUGACGAACGAGAUAAUCGAGAAUACACAACAAAUAAAUGACCUGAAGAAAAACAUUGAGAUUGAUUCUUCCGAGAUCGUAAGGCUUAAACAAGAGAUCGAGAAGGCUUUGAAAUUAGCGGAUGCUGCACAUACGCGUGAACAAAAUGCGCAAGAAGUUAUUGACAAUCUAAGAUUGAACAUAACGAAAUUAGUUCGUGAAAUUGAAGUGAAGAACAAACAACUUGCUGGCGAAGAUGAUUCUGGUGUAAGCAAACAAAAAGAAACCUUAUUGAGAGAAAAAGAAAAAUUAUUGGGUGAGAUGACGACGUUGAAGGGACGAUUAAAAAAUAUGUCCCAAUAUAUCGAGGAACUCGAGGAGAAGAACAUUAUGGCAGAUCAGAAGAUUAGCGAGAUACAAGAGACAUUGGACAUACGUACGAACGAAGUUUCGAGGGAGAAAAGAGUAAAAGAGAAAGUGGAAGAGGAUUUUCGUCGAAUGGAGAAUGAACUUCUUAUAAAGACUGAAGAUCUUGAGAGUACCAACGAAACAUUGAAAACUGCUACCGAUAACAUUAAGAAGUUAGAGACUAUGUUGAAAGAGCAAAAGUUAAUAGACGAUAAGUUGCAGAAAGAAUUGAAUAGGCUUACGGUGAAAAAUUUAACUAUUCAAGCGAAUUUGGAUCAUGCGAAUACACAGAUCGAUGCAAUGGAAAAGGAUAUUAUUGAUAAAGAGAAAAUAUUUAAAAUGACGAAGAAUGAACUUAAUAGAACAAAGGGGGAAAGCGCAAAAAAUAAGUCAGACAAGGAUAUAUUGGAGAAGAAAUUUUUGCGACUUAAUUAUGAAAAAAGCAAAUUCGAACAGGAAAUGAAACAGGCAAUUAUAAAUUUGAAGAAUGCCGAUCACGAAAUAACAAUGUAUCAAAAGCAACAAAUAGAGGAUAAGAAACAAUAUGAGAUAUUAACUCGCGAUAAGAAUAUUUUGGCAAGGAACAAUGAGAAUUUGAAGGAACAAAUUAGAGCUUUUGAGCACGAUAUAAUGGUGCACAAUGUAAGCCGAAAGAAAUUGGAACGUGAGUUUAAUAAUAGUAUAUAUAGGGAGAUCGAAUUAAAAAAGGAAAUCGAAACGAUUGAAAAGGAGAGAGAUAAAUGUAAUUUUCAAGUGCGGGAACUCGUUGAAAAAAUCGACGAUUACGUAAGCGAGAUCAAGGUGAAACAAGUAGAAAUCUUGGAUUAUAACAAAAGACUCGUUGAGUCUGAUUCGAAAUAUCGUCAACAACAGAACUUAUUUGAGAUCGUUCGUGCCGAGAGGAAUACUUGUCAGAAAAGCUUAAUGGUAGCGCAUGACGAUAUUCAGGAAUUUAAGAGCAAAUUACAAUUAACGACACAACAGAUUGAACAAUUGAAGGAGGAGAUUUCCAUGAAGGAGGCUGAUUUGAUCAAGAAAGACUUUGUACUUGGAAGGGUCGAAGCGGAAAAGGAAACGUUAAAAGUUGAUCUUCAAUCUGCACGUAAGGAUAUCUCAGAUUUGAGACGUGAAAUCGACAAAAUGAAGCAAGAGGAAAAGCGUCUACGACAGACUAUACAUGAAGCGGAUAGAGACAUAGCUCGUCAUAAGAAGGAUAUCGAUAAUGUCAUGAACGAACGCAAUAUUCUUGGCACGCAAUUGGUUAGACGAAACGACGAGCUCUGUUUGCAAUAUAACAGGAUGAAGAUAUUGAACGGAACGCUUCAACGUGGUAAACAACAAUACAAUGAACGCCUUGAAGAUAUCAGAUUGCUUAAGCUUGAAGUGAACAAGCUUAGAACCGAAAAAGUCUUAUUAAUGAAAAGCAUAAAUAAUACGUCCGACAUGCGUUAUGAGAUUUUUCAUUUGAACAGAAAUCUUACUAGGGAAAGAUUAAAGGUCAUGGCUCUUGAGGAAGAAAUGCAAACGCCAUUGAAUAUUCAUCGUUGGCGAAAACUCGAAUUCUCCGAUCCAUCAUCCUAUGAAAUGUUGAGCAAGAUCCAAUUACUUCAAAAGAGAGUUAUCAAGAUGUCAGCAUUGAUAAUAGAUAAGGAAAAGAGAGUACAGGAUACUGAGAAGUUGUACAUAAAUCUUCGUGAGAUUAUGGCUAAACAACCGGGGCCACAGAUAACAAUGGCCUUGAAUAAAACGCAAAAGGCGUUAAGAGAUAGAGGGAAUAAGAUGAAGUGUCUCGUUUCCGAGCUGAACAUGUACGAAGUUGAAAUAAAGGAAUACAAAUUCGAUAUCGAACGUAUGAGCAAAGAAAUGUGCGAAUUAAAGACGAAGUAUUACGCACAGAAACGAAAAUUGCAAAAGGCCAAAGAAAAUAAAUCGAAGUCCUUGACGGAACCAAUUUUACCAGCUCUACCGACGAAACAAAAAAAAUUUUUUGGUGGUGGCUUCAAUAUGACAAUGCCCACGCCAAGAUCAUCUUCUGCUUUGGAUUCUGCAUAAAUAGUUGAAAAAAAAGGUCAGAGGUAUAUAUAACGAAGUAUUUAAUAUAUAUAUAUACAUAUACAUAUGUAUAAAGUGGAGAAAUAGGUAUGAUUAUUUUGAAUCAUCAAAUCAGAAUUCAAAAAAGUAAUUUGUUUAUUAAUUAUUUAUUAAUUAAUGUAAUUUUAUGAAUCAAUAGCAAAUCUGAAUUUUGUCUUCUUUUUUUUUUUGGCGAAAUAAAA